AUGAAAAAUAUUCCUUCUACUCCUUCAUUCUUAACUCGAAUAACAAUAGAUGAUUUGGAAAGAUGGAGUUUUGAACCAAACAAUAUUGAUGUUUCGAACGGACCAGGUAAAACCGUAUUAGUAUUUAACUAUACCAAUGCCAAUCCAUCGGAUACACCAUCUAUCUAUAUAUCAUAUUAUUCAUAUUAUCAAGAUACUAUCAAUCAAGAUAAUAUUUUUACAGGAUAUUUCAACGAAACUACCAAGCUAUUCAACAUCCCAAUCGUCCUAAGAGAGAAACUUUUCACAAGAUCACUAUCUUAUAAUUUGACAUCAGCACCAAAUCCAAUUCCAUCGUCAAUGAUCAAUAUGAAGUUUGGAAAUGAUGCUCUUUUAAAUGUCACCUCAAAAUAUGCUGAUGAAAUGGGACCUGUAAUUAAUAAUAUCAUUCAAUAUCCAAAAGGUUUGAUAAAUAUUGGUGAUUCAGAAACAAUGAAUAUUGGAUGGAAUUUCACAAUCACCGAUGAGCCAAGUGGAUUUUACAAUGGAUAUGCGCUAAUUUAUUCAGACUUGGAUCCAAUUCCAUAUAAUAUCAGUUUCAGUGUUUUCAAUGCCAUUAAGGGAAAUGAAUUCAAUGGAGAAUAUUCUAUCACGGUCCCAAUCAAUGGAAAUUGUCGAACAUCAACCUAUCGAAUCCAUUUUGUUCUUUUUGAUUAUCUUGGGAAUCUUGCCACUUCAGUUGCCAACGAUAUUAAUGAUGUAUCAACUCCUCAAGCAAUAAACCCAUUCUAUAAACUAUAUGGAAAUCCAACAACAGAAUCAUUACUCAGUAUCCAAGUUAUUUGUUCGAUGACACAAGAUAUUUACCCACCAAAAUUAAUAGAGUUUAAUAUUAACUCUCCUCUGAUCAUCGAUGUUGGAUCUAAUGAUAGAAGAUUCUCAGCCAAUUUCACAGUCACCGAUGAUUACUCUGGUAUUUCUACACUUUUCAAGAAUAACCCAAAUCUAUAUUUCAUGGAUUAUUUCGGAAAGGUUUUUAGUAUGAAAUCAAAUUUUGAUUCUAUCACACCAGAUGGAUUAUUGGCAACCUACACCGUGGAUGGACAGCUUCCUUUUGGAUUUGGAAUUAAAGGUACAAUAUUACUCUCUAUAUAUGGUAUUGUCGACAACCAUUUCAAUUUUGGUGGAAUUUCUACUUCAGAGUUGGAGCGACGAUCUCAACCAUAUUUACUUAAAACAGAAUUCAGUUUGGAUACGCCAGUUUUGGAAUCAAGUGAUAGGCUAUAUACAAAUGGUGGAAAUCUUUAUAUCUAUGGAAAAAGAAUGGGUUUGGAUAAUGAUAGUGUAACAUGUCAAAUCGAUUAUAAUGAUGGAAAAGGAUACCAAUCUAUCUUUAUUAUUUUCAGAUCUUCAUCUAUACUCCAAAUUAAGACAACCGAAAUUCUCUCUUCCUAUAUUAAAGUUAAAAUCGUUGUCAAUACAACAUCAUCCAAUGAAUUGAUAAUAUAUAAAUAUGUUGCACCCAAUCCAAAAAGACCAACUCUGCCAGCACUUAACUGUCCAGGUACACCACAGUGUUCAAAUAAUGGAGUCUGUCAGACUUCAACAGGAGAGUGCAAAUGUAAUUCACUUUGGAGUGGUCCAGAUUAUGACACCAGAUUAUCUUAUCGAUAUACAAAUGAGAUUCCAUUGGUUACCAAUGUAUCGGUUAACAUUGAAUACUUUACAAAAGAAACAGAAAUCACAUUUGCAAACAAAGAAUUGAUCAUGCUUCCAUCAACCAUUAAAUAUACAAUCAAUCUUUCAACAUUCAACUUUACAAGUAAACUCAAUACAUUACAAUUGGUUAUGUCAGCAACCAUUGGAACAAGUUCAUCAUCAUGUUCAUUGAAAUCAUUCAACAAUGAUACCAAAAACAUUCAAUGGAUAAAGUUGAAUAUCGAUCAACAAUCACUUUAUGGAAAGUUCCUUGAUGUUGCAGAGAUCGAUGGAUUCACAACUAUCAUUUCAAACACAUUAUUGGAUUCCGAAUUCGAGACGAAAGACACAUCAUCACAACUCCAAACUUAUAUUGGAAUCAACAUUCCCAAUUUCGAUAAUAUUGCUACGCUUAGAUCCAGACUUUUCGAUGCUCAUUGA